AUAACACACGAUGGGCCGCCAGAAGAGCACAUGAAACAAAACCUCAAGAAAACCUUCAAGAGAGAAAAAUGGCGAACAAAAUCUCGAGUUUGGAAGAUUUCGUGAAGGUACAUGGAAUCCUCUUGGCAGCUUCUGGUUUGCCGCAGAAACUGUACGCACGCCUCUUCCACAAACUUGCUUCGGAUACUUUAGAUGGCGGCGCUCACUUCCAAAUCGAACCCUGCGACGAUGGUCGGAGACGGAGGCUUGUGCUCACUUCCGAAUCUAUGCCUAAAGACUCUGACGUCUUCCUUAUCGACCACGCCUGGACUUUUCGUCUUCCCGAUGCCUAUAAACAGCUUCAGGAAAUUCCCGGUUUGGCCGAGAGGAUGGGUUCUUUGAUGUGUGUUGAUACUGAUUUAGAAGGAAAAGCUGGAGAAGAAGAAGAAGAAGACACAGAGAAUUAUGAGCAACUCUCUGUUCAUCAGGCACUAGAGAAUGAAAUUCGUUCUGCUGCGGAUAAAGGAUAUGACUCUUUAAGAUGGCUGGAGUUGGAGGGUCUUGGAAUAGAUGACGACACAUUCCUGUCCCUUCAUUUCCCUAGUAAGUUUCAGGAUUUGCUGGCGCUGAGUCUUUUCGGGAACAAGCUUGAGAGUGCGGAUGUGGUUAUACAAGAGGUUACAAAGCUUAAGAAUCUCAAGGCUUUGUGGCUGAAUGACAAUCCUGUUCUUCACAAAAGUGAAGGUCGGUUGGCUGACGAAAUAUUGAAAAGCUGUCCUAGUCUGGAAAUCUACAACUCGUGUUUUACCCCUAACUACGGGCUGUGGGCACUUGGCUUCUGUGGAGAUGUAUUUGGGAAGGAUAAUCCUGAUUAUGCUCAGCAGGAUCAACCCUUGCGCAAUGUCACCUCACUUGACCUUUCAAACCGGUCAAUACACAAUCUAGCAAAUAAGGCAUUCUCUGUGCAUGAGUUGCCCUUACUCUCUCAUCUUAAUAUCCGUGGAAACCCAUUGGAUCAGAAUUCUGUUGGAGAACUGUUUCAAGUCUUGAAGCUCUUCCCUUCGCUGUCUUCCUUAGAGGUUGACAUACCUGGACCUCUUGGAAACAGUGCUGUAGAGAUUAUUGAAUCUCUCCCGAACCUUUCUUUGUUAAAUGGCGUUGACACAGCUAAAAUAUUUGAAAAUGGAAAGCAUGUUGUUGACUCGAUUAUUCAACCAUGGCUUCCCGAGCCGAAACCCGAGGAUAGUCUCAUUGACCGUGUUCUUGGUGCAAUGUGGUUGUAUGUGAUGAAUUAUCGUCUUGCGGAUGAGGAAAAGAUUGAUGAAACUUCCUUGUGGUAUGUGAUGGAUGAACUGGGUUCAGCUUUGGGGCAUAGCGAUGAACCCAAUUUCAAAGUGGCUCCUUUUCUUUUCAUGCCUUCCGGGAAUCUAGACUCUGCUGUGAGCUAUUCAAUAAUGUGGCCUAUCAAAAGUUGUCAUAAAGGUGAUGAGUGCACUCGUGAUUUUCUAUCUGGUAUUGGGGAGGACAAGCAUCGGUCUGCCAGGCUCACAGCUUGGUUUCACACUCCUGAGAACUAUUUUAUUCAUGAGUUUGAGAAAUACCAACAAAAUCAGCAUGCGAAAGCUUUCAAGUCUCUACCUUUGACACCUACAAUUUCCCAAAGCAUUCGCCAUAGUGAUGGGUCUCCUUUACUGGUGCAUACGGAUCUACCUCAAGUUGAAGAAUUUCUGACACGUUCAGAAUUUGUGCUCACAAAUGAACCAAAAGAUGCAGACAUUAUAUGGACGAGUAUGCAGGUGGACGAGGAGGUGAAGAAAGCGGUGGGACUAACAGAUGACCAAUAUAUUAAUCAGUUUCCCUUUGAGGCUUGUCUUGUUAUGAAGCAUCAUCUUGCGGAGACUAUUCAAAAGGCUUAUGGAUCUCCAGAAUGGUUACAGCCUACUUACAAUCUUGAAACAGAGCUGACCCAGUUUAUCGGGGACUAUUGCGUACGCAAACGUGAUGGUUUGGACAAUUUGUGGAUCUUGAAACCAUGGAAUAUGGCAAGGACAAUCGACACAAGUAUAACCGAUAAUUUAUCAGCUAUCAUCCGCAAGAUGGAAACUGGUCCAAAGAUCUGCCAGAAGUACAUAGAUCACCCUGCUUUGUUCAAGGGGAAGAAGUUUGAUCUGCGAUACGUUGUCCUGCUGCGGAGCAUUGACCCGCUGGAGAUUUACCUGACAGAUAUCUUUUGGGUUAGGUUGUCGAACAACCCAUAUUCAUUGGAGAAGCACAGUUUUUUUGAAUAUGAAACCCACUUCACUGUCAUGAACUAUGGACGGAAGUUGAAUCACAAGCCUACAGCAGAGUUUGUGAGAGAGUUUGAACAAGAACAUAACGUUAAAUGGAUGGAUAUUCAUGAGAAGGUGAAGCAAGUGAUACGUCAAGUGUUUGAGGCUGCGGCUCUUGUGCAUCCGGAAAUGAAAUCUGACAAAUCAAGGGCCAUGUACGGAGUAGAUGUGAUGCUUGAUAGCUCCUUCCAGCCAAAAAUCUUGGAGGUUACAUACUGUCCUGACUGCAUGAGGGCUUGCACCUACGACAUGGAAACCAUAAAUGGAAAUGGAAUCGUGAAAGCCAGAGAAUUUUUCAACUAUGUUUUUGGGUGUCUCUUCUUAGGUGAGACUUCUCACGUGACUCCCUUGUGAGCUCAGCAGCUUACGAUGAUGGGUGGUUUGGUUGGGAACUAUUGAACUGUUUUGGUUUGGAACCAUGUCUUUUCUUUUUGUAGUGUUUUCUAUAUGCACCAUGGGAAUCAUUUCUUAAACCUUUUUCCUUUUGUGUGGUCGGUGAUUGAAAAGUUUAUUGAGGCUUCAUUGUUGAGAUUGAAAUCUUAAAUUCUUAAUAUGCAGGGGUUUCUG